AUGGUUCUCAUCGUCCUGUCAGUCAGUCGCUGUCAGAAGAAUGAAAGGCGAGCAAUGACAGAGCACCAGCUGAUGCAUGACCGUGGCAGGACCAUGCAGAGCCUGAAGAGACUCAUCUGGUUGUCCAGCCCAGACCCGCUCCUCCUUCCUGCUGUCCCCCGCCGCCCUCAACCCCAUCCCGGGCUACACCCCGGGCCUCUCCCCUGCCCUCAACCCCAUCCCGGGCUACACCCUGGGCCUCUCCCCUGCCCUCAACCCCAUCCCGGGCUACACCCCGGGCCUCUCCCCUGCCCUCAACCCCAUCCCGGGCUACACCCCGGGCCUCUCCCUGCCCUCACCCCAUCCCCGGGCUACACCCCGGGCCUCUUCCCUGCCCUCAACCCAUCCCGGCUACACCACGGGCCUCUCCCCUGCCUCAACCCCAUCCCGGGCUACACCCUGGCGCUCUCCCCUGCCCUGCACCCCAUCCCGGGCUACACCCCGAGGCCUCUCCCCUGCCUCAACCCCAUCCCGGGCUACACCCCGGGCUCUUUCCCUGCCCUCAACCCUGUCCCGGGCUACACCCCGAGCCUCUCCCCUGCCUCAACCCUAUCCCGGGCUACACCCCGAGCCUCUCCCCUGCCCUCAACCCCGUCCCGGGCUACACCCGGGCCUCUCCCCUGCCCUCAACCCUGUCCCGGCUACACCCGGAGCCUCUCCCCUGCCCUCAACCCGUCCCGGGCAACCACCGGGCCUCUCCCCUGCCCUCAACCCCGCCUCCGGGCUACACCCCGGGCCUCUCCCUGCCCUCAACCCCCUCCCGGGCUACACCCCGGGCUCUCCCCUGCCCUCAACCCCGUCCCGGGCUACACCCCGGGCCUCUCCCCUGCCUCAACCCCAUCCCGGGCUACACCCCGGGCCUCUCCCCUGCCCUCAACCAGCCCUGCUGGCUAUCAGUCUGGGGAGACCAGCCACAAGCACAAGAGGUCAGUGGAGAGACUUCUAGCCCCCUGA